AUGAUGGUGGCCUUCAUGAAGGUGGCAUACGCUGUCGGCGGUUCACGCGGAGACACUCAGCCACAUAUCGCCUUCGCCGUCGAACUGGCCCGCGCUGGCUACGAGGUACGCCUGUGGAUUCCGCGGGACUACGAGUCGCUCGUGCCCAAGAUAAAAGGGCUAUCCGUCUACCACAGCCACCACACGGUGGCGUCCGGCCUCGAAAGAAUGGCCCCGUUCAUCGCCACGGGCAAAAUGAACGACGCCUUCGGCGAAAUGUUUGCGAUGCAGGCCGAGCAGUUUGGGUCCGACGCCAACUCUGUCAGGGCCAUGUGUGAGGGCUGGGCCGACAUUCUGAUCUAUAAUGGGGUCCUGGGACGCGUCGCCAUGGCGGUCACCGAGGCACUGAUGCUCAAGAUGAUCGCCGUCAACGUGCAACCAAUGUUGCCGACCCGGGAGGCCUUUCCCAUGGGCGGCAAAAUGAAGCUGCCCAAGUUCCUGCACCUCUUCUUCUGGUGGCUGCUCAUGUCCAAGCUCGCCUUCCCCGCCGUGCUGCAGCGGGCCAUCGCCGAGUGGAAGGCCGCCAACGGGUGCAAGCUGCCGCCCCUCGACCCAUGGGAGGAAACCUACCGCUUCAACGUGCCACACAUCUUUGGCUUCUCCCCUGCGACGUUCGCGCCGCCCGCGGAUUGGGCGGCGCUUGACUACGAGGUGACCGCCGACUGGGCGCCGUUUUGGGGCUCCAGAGAGGUCCUGCAGAGAGCGGCCGCACACUGCUCGGUACCCCCCCUGCACAUCUAA